GUGCCCACAAAAUUAUUAUUUUCCGCAUAUUUGCUGUUGCCCUCAAGGCACUUUGGCAGGCUGGAUUAGUCGAAAUCAACCAUGGUGUUCAUUGCCAGGAAUGAACCGGCAUUUUGUUCAGGCACAAAUUUCAACAUAUCCACAGUCUUGUCCAAAUUAUUUUGUUCCUCCUCCAAAUCAAAAUUUCUAUAAUUUUCCUCAACACCAAAGAAGCCUGUCUCCUUACAUUUUGCCACAACAAUUUUCUGGACAAGUAAAUCCACCUCUUCCUCCUCCUCCUCUUCCACAACCACUUCCAUACCAACUACCUCCCCCACAACAACCUCCAUAUCCUCAAAAUCCCCAAGGACCUUUACAACUCCCAAUUGAGAAUCAACCAUUAUCUUCACCUCAAAUUCAAUUAGAAUCCUCUAAAAACAAUCAAAAUCCCCCAUCUAAUCUUUUAAUUAAACCGUCUCAGUCAAAUGAUAACCAACCAAUUUAUAAUAAUAAUCAACAACCUUUGUUACAACAACAAACUCAAAGUAUUUAA